CAAGCUCCCCCGGCGCUUGGGAUCGUCGCCGGUCGAGCUUUUGGAAACGGUUUCCGGCAACCCCCGACGUAUAGAGUCCCGUCGGAGCGCCGCCCUCUAAGUCCGGCGAUCCGGGGCGAAAAUAUCAGCGAGGAACUAUGGCCAAGGGGCGGAGAUACGGUGCGGACCGGCUCCUCGGGACGUACAGCUACGGCGGCCAGGGUCGCGUGACCGAUGCUGCGGACCUUCCGGACCUCGACGAGGAGGACGUAUGGUCGGUGGCGGCCGAGGACUACAAAGCCGACGAGGCCUGGACGAGGCCCAACCGGGACCGAUCCGGCCGGCGGUGGAUCGAAGGGGAGGACCACCGCCAGUUGGGGGGCCUCUCUCUGGCCUUCGAGGAGGGCUACGAUGCCCGGCACACGGUGGUGCACCAGUACCGGAACGUGGACGCCGCGGCGCCGCCGCCGCGCAGGCACCAUCGCCACCAACCGGCGGCGAUGUCGGCGCCGGUGAACGUGCCGGAGUGGCCCCGGUUCCUCCGUGUCGACUCGGGCGAGGAGGGGGCGGAGCGGGACGACGGGGAGUGGGUCCCGCCGCACGAGUACCUGGCGAGGGAGCACGGGAGGAUGGUGGCGACCUCGGUGUUCGAGGGAGUGGGCCGGACGCUUAAGGGCCGGGACAUGAGCCGGGUCCGGGACGCGGUCUGGAGCCAGACCGGGUUCUUCGGCUGAAAGAAUUCUGAACCGGAUUCAAAAUUCUUCAUUCCUUCAAACUCAUGGAUCCCCAAAAAAGUUCUUCGUCAAUUUGUAUAGCUGUGAUUUGGCCUUGUGGACUUCGAAGGCAAAAUCGUCUAGCCUUCGAACCUAAAUAUAAAAAUUAUAUGGCUGCUUCUGAACCUUCUUCCAAGUGCUCGUCCUUCGUUAAAAAAUAACAGCUUAUUCUUGUUGUACUUAAAAUACUCUUUUCCCCCCAAUUUUCUAGUACUUAAAA